AUGUCGAACCAAGAGGAAUCACCUUUACCUGAGGGAUGGGAGAUGAGAACAAGUCGGUCAACUGGUAUGACUUACUUCCUCAACAUCUACACUAAGAAGUCUCAGUGGGAGAGACCUGAGGCACCAGCUGACGCUGGAGAGAUCCGGUGCAGGCACAUACUGGUCAAACAUGCUGAAAGUCGUCGUCCAUCGUCGUGGCGUGAGGAAUCCAUCACACGAACUAAAGAAGAAGCUUUAGAACAAUUAAAGACCUAUCGUAAGCAGAUUGUUGGUAAUGAAGCUACAUUUGUUGAUCUUGCAACUAAAUUUUCUGACUGUUCUUCUGCUAAACGGGGUGGAGAUCUUGGUAUGUUCAAGCGUGGACAAAUGCAAGCACCAUUCGAAGAGGAGGCUUUCAAACUUAAAGUUGGCCAGUUAAGUAAGCCGGUAGAGACGGAUUCCGGUUUUCAUAUUAUUUUAAGAACUAUGUAA